AUGCUUGGUGCUGAAGCGGAAGUGAUUCGCGGUAAUUAUAAUGGAAAUGAAUGCGCGAUAAAAAAGAGGCUUCCUAAAACAUAUAGGCACCCACAAAUUGAUAAAAUUAUAUCUACACACCGUUUAUCUAAUGAGAUUAAAAUAUUAAAUCGUUUAUCCCUAUUUGGUAUUGACGUACCUAAAGUUUAUUAUGUUGACAAAGAAUCACAUAUUAUUUGUAUGGAAUGGGUUUAUGGCUCCAUUUGCAAAGAUUUUUUAGAAAACUCACCAAAAUUUGUUAAUAUUGAAUUUGCUGUCAUAUUAGCCAACACUAUAGCAAACAUUCAUAAAAAUAAUGUUAUUCAUGGAGAUUUGACCACAUGUAAUAUUAUUUGUAGAAAAUUAAGUGAUGAUAUCAAUUUACCUCUUGAUAAACAAGUUUCUCCGUGUAUUAUUGACUUUGGUUUAUCUUACAACUCCACUUCUAUUGAGGAUAGGGCUGUAGAUCUUUAUGUUUUGGAAAAAUGUAUCAGAUGCUCAUUGGGUUGUUAUUCUGAGGAAUGGCUUGAUGCAUUUCUUUUUCAAUAUUCUAAAUCUUUUGACAAAGGUGAUGAUGUCAUUAAGCGAUUGGAUCAAGUUAGACUUAGGGGGAGAAAAAGGUCUACGGCAGGAUAA